CCUGUAUUUUGGAACUUUAAAAUUAACUGAACCUUUAAAUGUUUGUUAUCAGGUAAUCAAUAAACACCUGAGUGUCACAAGACAACAGGCUACCAGGAAGAAUAAACACCAAACUAAACGUUGAACAAAAUGGCUGAACCACCCAAUGGGUGAGAUGGAUACAAAAACUUACAGAAAUGGAAAAUUAACAGAUGUGAUCAACGUCUGAUAAUCAAGAAAUGGCCACCACCAAGGCACAGGAGCUCAUCACCUGUGACCUAAACUGUGUCAAGCCUGUCCAGCAAUUCUGUAACAGCUGCCAAGUCGGUCUGUGUGAAGACUGCAUCAACAAACACGUCAAGAGCCUCAAGUUCCUGAAGCAUGACAUCGUUCCCUUCACAAAGCGCACAGUCCAGCUGGUGUUCCCUCAGUGUACAUCUCAUUCCCACCAGAGAUGUGAGGCCCACUGUCAACAGUGUGAUGUCCCGGUCUGCAUGAAAUUUGUCACAGGUCCACAUAGAGGUCAUGAUGCUGUAGAUAUGGCAGACAUUGUUGCCAGAAAGAGAAAAAACAUUAAAAGAGAAACAGAAGAAAUUGAAAGCAGUAUUAUUCCCAAGAACAAGUCAUGUGAUGCAGAUGCUGAAAAGAAAAUUUCCAAAUCCAAGGCCCACUACUCUGGAUUAGAAAAAGAAGCUAAGGAUAAAAGAAAGAAAUGGCACCUAGAGGUAGACAACAUCUUUGACACACUUGAAUCACUGAUCCAAUCACUCAAAGAUCAAGAAAUUAUGAUUCUGAAGUCAUGCCAGUCCCAACUCAGAAGUCAAAAUUCCAGUAUGACCCAAACUGUUCAAGAAAACAAAGAAAUCCUGAAGUCCAACAAAGUUUCUGAUGUCAACAAUUACAAAUCCAAACUGACUGAAUUCAGAGCCAUUCCACAAGUACCUGAUGUAAUGUCACCCUCUCUCAAAACAAACACAGUCCAAGGGAGAGAACUUAGCCUAGAAUUAGGAGAAUACAGGGCCACACUGACACAGACAACACUAUCACUAGCCAGUCUGACAGAUGAAGUCCUCUAUUUAUCUGUUAAGGAAUUACUAAAAGAAGCCAAAGUGAUUGCAAACAUUCCAACAAAUGUCAAAGAGUUACAAAGAGUAGCCUGUGUUGGAUCAGAUAGAGCCUGGAUUAAUGGAACAGACAAAAUGAUACACUGUGUGGACAUACAUGGAACUGUACAAGACACUGUCACCAGUACAUGUAAAGAUUUCCCUAAUGACAUUACAGUAAACAGACAGGGAGAACUGAUUUACAGUGAUGGCCCCAACAGAACUGUGAACAUUGUCAGACACGGGAAGACAGAGACACUGAUCACCACACCACAGGGCUGGAAGCCAGGGAGACUGUGCUGUACCAGAUCAGGGGACAUCCUAGUCAGUAUGUGUAGUAUUGAUUACAGUUAUUUCAAAAUUGUCCGUUAUCAGGGACAGAGAGUGACACAGGAAAUAGAUAAAGAUGAACAAGGCAAUCCAAUCUACCAAGGAGGAGAAUAUUCAGUGUAUGUGACAGAGAACAACAAUGGUGACAUCGUGGCCUCUGAUCAAAAUGCUGACACAGUGGUAGUGGUGGACAGGACGGGAAAAGUCCGAUUUCGAUACGACAAACCACCAGGGGGGCAGAAAGCAUUCCUUCCAGGACAGAUAGUGACCGACUCCAUGGGUCAUAUCAUUGUGGCAGAUUACAACAAUGCCUGUCUAUACAUUCUAGAUCAGAAUGGACAAUUCAUUAAAUGUGUAGACAAUUGUGGAUUAAAUGAUGAACCUGUUGGACUGAGUGUGGACAGUGAGGGGAAGUUGUGGGUAGGGUUGUUUGUUUCAGGAGAAGUGAAAGUGAUCCAGUACCUGAAAUAAACACCCAGACAUUCACACUAAGAACAUGCAUGUAUCAAGUGGAUAAAGAAAUUAACAUUUUGGGAUAUUUUACUGAUAAUUCACAUUGAUGACAAAAAGGAUGACUUCAGCUUCUUCACCAACAAUUUCCCAUACUUAUGUAACAACAUUACAUAAUCACCUGCAUAUUGUGUUUAUGUCUCUCAACUGACUCAAUAUGUGAUAAAAUGUUCUGCAUAUGAUACCUUUUUAAAACAAGGCAGGCUACUUUGCUAUUAAACUCCUUUUUUCUCUCUCAAUCACAGUAUGAAUAUCAAUCGUUACAAAUCAUGUGAAUAUUAAACAUUACGGUAUUUAUAGUCAUCAUUAGGUAUGAUAUUUUCUCUCUACACAUAAUAUCUGUUCUACUAUAUAUAUUCCAAGAGUUCUCAUGAUUAAAAUUCAAAGUACACCUAACUGCUAUCAUACAAUUCAAUUUCUUUUCUCCAUCUCAAUAACAGAAUGAAUAUCAGCAUAAUGAAAUUGCUACAAAUUACAUGUAUAUAUUUUAUAGGCAACAUCAGGUAUAAGAUUUUCACUCUUCAUAAUUCAUAAUACCUGUUCUCACUAUAUAUAUUCUAAAAGUUCUCAUGAAUAAAAUUCAAUGUAUACC